UUCACCAUGAUCUGCAACCUGGCACUAGCUUCACCAGCCAUAUAUCCCAACUCCACCCCUCCAUACAUAUAAAACCUCUGCAAAAUACGCCAUAACAGAAGAAGAAAAAAGCUUCCACCAACUGGCAAAAAUGGCAGCUACGAGCCUGAUUCUAUUUCCUUGUGUUUCUUCAUCUCCCAAAUCUCAACCACUUACUACAUUCCUGCCUCAAUCACCACCACUAUUGUGUUCUUCACCACAGAGAAGAAGAAUGUCUCACCACUUCAGAGCACCUGCAACCUCAGAAGGAGGAGGAAAUGGAGAACUGCAGCCAAAAGACAAGAAGAAGUUCAUAACCAAAGAACAAGAGCCAGAACAGUACUGGCAAACAGCAGGAGAAAGGGAAGGAGAGAAUCCCAUGAUGACACCACUUCCUUACAUUAUCAUAUUUGGGAUGUCCACUCCUUUUGUGAUUCUGGCUAUUGCUUUCGCUAAUGGUUGGAUCAAGGCUCCUAUAAGGUGAUUCAAUUUCAAGUCGAAAACCAAACAGAUCGAAGCAGGCUGGUCAGGCAGGCAAUUCUGGGAUCACCUCAUUCUGUGAUCUCAUCCCAAUUUUUACACACUGUGUUCUUCAUUAAUAAUUGGGUCUUCAUUUCUUAGACGAACAAGAAAUUUGUACUUUGAUGAAAUAUCAGUUAUUUACGAUAUGUAGCAAGAUAUAAGUUUCAUUUCUGCAGUCAUGUCUGUUCUUAGUAUGCUUUGACCGACAGCAAAGAAGAAACAGUAAUGUCAGGAAUUCAGGGUUCUCUCUGUUUUCUGUCCAAUUGAUUACGGAGAAAAAAGAAUGAAGCUUACAAAGUUUACUUUUAUUAACGAAUCCAUUUCUGUUGAUUUCGCCCCUAACUGCUCGAUCCCUGAAUACAGUAGGUUUCUACACUUUCCACCAUGGUCAACUGCGAGCAAUAUCUGCAGAAAGAGUAAUCAAGUUCCAUUCCACGUACCAUCGUGGUUUGCCCCAAACUCAUAACCUACCUGCUUGGCGCUUAGGAUAUAGAGUGCAUGAACAACAUACUACUUGCAAAGUGGAUGUGGAAAUAUGCGAUAGAUGGUAGCUCCUGGUCGUGGAAUCUCAUCGACAUAAAGUUCCCGAACCCCUCCUUUUCGGAGAGCUGGUUGUGGAGGUUGGAUUUCUGCAGGACCUUACAAACUCAUUUCGCAGUCAACGCCAAGUACAACUGUCCCAUCUCAACAAAGUUUGCUGGUGAUGUGGAGCUCCCUCACAAGGAUGAAUACACAGAAGCAAGGAAGUGGUGGAAAUACCGAAAUAGCUCUGAUGUGCACUCAACCCUCGCCUUCAAUGAUGCCAACGAUGUCAAAAGUAGUUGUGUUACUAAGAAGCGAGGGAUCAGUACAGCUCCAUCAGCUGCUAGCAAUGCCUGCACAGAUUGAAUCCAAUUCCAACUUCCUCUCAGAAAUUUCUGGCUCGAAGGGCUCGCCUCCCCCACAUCAAACGCCACUGCCUCCAUCUCCAGAGUCUCCGGCAGGAAGGGGUUCCGAAUUUUGCAAAUAAAUAAGUACUUCACAUCACAUCACAUCCCUCACAUUGCUGCAUUCAAGAAUCAAGAAGACAAUGAUGAAAGACAAUAUAUAAAAGCAACAUAUAGUAGUAGAGGGUCCCAUGCUCCUUGAGGGAUAAAGCUCACCGGUUUGGCGCUGGAUUUACUGCAGAAGGAAAAAAGGGACUGAUGAAACCCUGUUACUGGAAAGAAGCAUCAUCAUGGCUUCCCAGUGCCAAGGAAUUCUCCUAUCUCCGGGUCAAUUAAGGUCCAGCAACAGGUAGGAGUUAUAAUACAAACCGUUGCAGCCGAGUUGGAUGCAACACAAUGUCCAUGAAGCUCUUAGUUUUCUUUCUUGAGAGUUCGAGUUAUAACUUGCGUGUAUCAAUUCAUUACUAUAAUAAAGUCGAUUAUUUACACAGA